AGCUAAGCGCGAGCAAGGCUCGGACUCUGCAUAUGCUGCAUCUGUAUUCAACGGAAGCUGGACGGCGAUGGCGGAGAAUGCCGUCGCGAGCGGUGGUACGCUGGUUGUCAUGAGACGGCCAUCGUUCAGGAAGACGCUGCGGGACAAUGAGAGUAUGCUGCCGGCUGAGUACUUGGAGAAGCUUGAGGAGAAGCGUAGACUGUUGGACGAGAGCAUACAUAAAUACAUCGCCUCCAAGGAGAGGGAAUAUAAGCAGUACGAGAAGGAUUUAAGGGUGCAGGCAAGAAGUCACGGCAGUGCUGGCAGUACUGGCAGUGUCGGCAGUGCUGCUGCUUCGGCUCCAAGCAGAACGCACGCCGUCCCGAUUGACGGCGAAGCUUCAUCAAGCGGCAGCAAGGGGAGGACCAACUCGGACUCGUCCGCUAGUACUGUAACGGGUGGAAGCCCGUUCCUGACCGGACAACAACAUGGUGCAGUGGGCGCGUUGCUCGCUUCCGGCAGCCGACAACGUGUUAUCAUGGAGGCGGUGGAGGACGGAGACGGCGAAAGCCUUGUUGUGAAAGGCCUCACCGAUCGAAGACCUAGUUCUGAGAGGGAGAAGGAGCUCGUGGGCUUGUUCACACCCGAGUAUCUGCCUGCACUUGAUGGCAAGGAGAGAAAGGCACUACGCGAAGAGCGUGCGCGAUUAGAGCGGGCAGGCUCUGCACCGCCUCAUGUUGGACCUACGACCAGAGAGGAUGAACAAGCAGACCCACCCGAAGCUCUGCCACGCGCCAAAUCUGACACCGCCGUACAAGCUACGAUGAAGCGGCCAGUGCAUCUCCAGUUCGCACAACGAACUUCUUCCUCCGGCUCAUCCGCCGACGGCAAGCUAACCUCCGCCAUGAAGUCGCCUAUGCAGAAUCCAGCCAAGAACAAAACGAGGAUGAAGCGCGUCUCACUGGCCGUGGGCGAUAGCAUCGUUGCGCCGGCAGAUAAUGUGCCCAUAGCGUUCGCGACAACGACGAGCACGCCAUCGCACUCACGCACGCGGUCACCCGAGAGCAUGCGCGAGCGAACGAGUGGCACAAAGUCGGCGUUGGGUGCGCCUGAAGCAGUCGACUUUGCGAAGCAGCCCGUGUCAAUACUUGUCGAUGGCAAUUCAGUGCCGGUGGCGAGUGAUAGUGGAAUUGCGCUGAGCGGCACUCUCACACUGGGCAAGCCAGCGGAUCAACUGGCCUCUAUCACCACGACAGAGAGCAAACCCUCCCCGAGCAGGCCCGCAUCAAGCAUAGAUCCGGACGGCGACCUCUUCGACCUCGAAGACGAGUUCGACAACGUCUCAGCCGACAACGAGGCCAAACUCGCCGCCGAAGGCGAAGCCGCCAUCGACGGCGAAGAAGACGCCAUCCCUGGCAUGACUGGCCGUCUAGACUCCACCACACAAACGCCCGCAUCCACUCCCUCACUCGGCCUGCAAUCGCACGAAAAAUACCGCUACGAUGCCGAAGGCGGCCUCAUCCCCGAACCCACCAGCGCCACAGACUCCGAAGCCUACUUCAACGAACCCUCCAACCGCGUGGAAAACCUCACCUUCACAUCCAACCCCAACCCCAACCCUGGCGCCGGGACUGGAUCUGGCGCGGGACCAACAGGAACAUCCUCCUCCUACUCUUCCUCUUCGUCCCAACAACCCACGAGCCCCGGCUUCCGGAAACCAUCCGUAGUCGCCGAUCCCGUCUUCCGAGGCUCCGAUUACGCGCGAGAGGAGUUCAAGGCGGCUACUGAGGAGAUUUACGGGAGUUCGUAUAACCGGCUUCCGUCUUCUUCUGCUGCCGGUGGUGGUGGUGGUGGUGCGAGUCUGGGUAAUGCCGCUGCUGCCGGUGGGACAACGUAUGGGAGUUUGGGUGAGAGUUAUAUGGCGCGGCAUGCGGAGGAGAUGAUGAGGGUGAGGAUGAGUAGUCGGAGGGAGGAGGAGCAGGGUGUGCGGUAGGAAGGGAUAUGAACAGUAGGCAGGAUGGCUGGGGUGGGGUAGACUUGGGUUUUGUGGUCUUCGAGGCUUUGGAUAUAUACCCCAAUGGAGCACGUGAUAGGGCUUAUAAGCUUGGCUAGUCGAUUGUACGAACGUUGCUACCUUACGACCGCUACUAGUCUCUUAGCUGCUACAGGGACUAUGCUUGUAGUACCUCGCCUCUGUAAAUGGUGCACCGACCAUCGCGGAAUCGAAAACUUAACGGAUAUCGUAGCAAUGCUUACCCGGGGUGCCGACUGCCGUGUACCCAUCCCAGCCAUGCAGCGGUGCCAAAGUCUCUGACAGUGCCGGAUCGGCUACGGAAUGCGAUGGCGUCCACCGUAACACCCAGUAGCGCGCAAGUCCUGUCCUUUCUGCAUCCACUCAAGAGCCGUAUCGAGACACGUCUCGACAUGCUUCAGGAAGACAACCUGCUUGUCAUACCACGCCG